AACAAAAGGAAAAGGAAUGAACAUAAUUUGUUAUUGCUUUCUCUGUCUUUUCCUUCGCAUUACGAUAUUCUACGGAUGAAAGAUGAUGUAUUACGUACAAUCAGUAAAACAAAUCCGUACGAUAUACAUCAAAGCACUGACAACACAACAAUAAAAACCUGAACAAAAAAUGAUCAACCGUUCGAUUACAAUUUAACGAUUCUGAUUUAUCUCUCCCCAAUUAUCAACAACUCCGUUUUCGAAUUUUUCUUUUCGCACCUUUCUGUUAAGUUCAUUCAUUGCAUUCGUAAAACGACGUCGUUUCUUUGAAGAAGAAGAAGCCAUGCCUGCGUCGUUGCAGAAAAUGGCGCACUCGAGUUCGAAGAGUGAUUCUGCUGCUGCUCAGUUCCCGGCCGGUUUAAGAGUUCUCGUCGUUGAUGAUGACGUCACUACCUUGAAGAUUAUCGAGCGAAUGUCACUUCGCUGCCAUUACCGCGUCACUACAUGUUCUGAGGCUACAGUCGCUUUGAACAUUCUGCGGGAGCGGAAAGGCUGUUUUGAUGUUGUGCUGAGUGAUGUUCAUAUGCCAGACAUGGAUGGCUAUAAACUCCUCGAACAUGUUGGGUUGGAAAUGGACCUUCCUGUUAUUAUGAUGUCUGUUGAUGAUAGGACGAGUACUGUCAUGAAGGGAAUUAGACACGGAGCUUGUGAUUAUUUUAUUAAGCCCGUACGAGAGGAAGAACUAAGGAAUAUAUGGCAGCAUGUUGCUAGGAAAUUUUUGAAUGAAAGUAAGGAACAUGAUAAUUCUGGCUACAUAGAAGAUAAUGAUCGCAAUAAACAGGGGAAUGAUGAUAAUGAUAACACUUCUUCUGUUGCCGGUGCAACAAAAGGAAUAAUUAAAGAACCAAAAAAGAGGAGCAAUAUAAAAGAUGAAGAAGAUGUAGAAUUGGAGAAUGAUGAUCCAUCUACUUCUAAGAAGCCUCGUGUGGUAUGGUCAGUAGAACUGCAUCAACAAUUUGUCAGUGCUGUGAAUCAACUAGGGCUUGACAAGGCUGUGCCAAAGAGAAUACUUGAAUUGAUGAAUGUCCCUGGUUUGACGAGAGAAAAUGUUGCAAGCCAUUUGCAGAAAUUUAGACUUUAUUUGAAGCGAUUAAGUGGAGUGGCACAGCAACAGAAUGGGAUGCUAAACACAGUUCCUGGGACUAUAGAAUCCAAGCUGGCUGCUACUGGAAGAUAUGACAUACAGACAUUGGCUGCUUCUGGCCAUGUUUCCCCUGAAACACUUGCAGCUCUUCAUGCUGAGUUCUUAGGUCGCCCAGUAACUAACAUAAUGUCUACAAUUGAUCAUACUGCACUAAUGCAGGCAUCUGUACAAGGGCCAAAACAUUCUCGUGCCGAUGAUCAUGCUGUAGCAUAUGGUCAGCCUCUUGUAAAAUGUGCUUCCAACAUUGUCGGUAAUUUCCCUCAACCCAUAUUAACUGUAGAUGAUACAUCGUCCAGAUAUGGAGCAUGGCCGCCAACUAAUACACUCGGUUCAGUCUCAAGUGGAAGAAGGUUAGGCGUUCAGAAUAAUAACAUGCAUAUUGAUAUAUUGCAGCACCAACAAAAGCACCAGCAUCAGCAAAAACAACAGCAGUCGCUGAUACAUGAUCAAAAUCGAUCAAUCAAUGUUCAACCAUCUUGCCUGGUGGUUGCUGCUCAAUCUUCUGACACUUUCCAGGCAGUAAAUAGUGUUACUUCAGUCAUUAAAGAUAGCAGUUUUGGCAGAAAUGCCAUCAAUGGUUAUAGUCAUUCAUCACAAAAAUUGAAUAAUUCAUCGAGUACGUCACAAUAUCCUGGUGGAGACACCAAAGCUACCUCCAUUUCUCCUCAAGCAUCCUGUUUUUCAGUAGGCUCCAGCAACAGUAAUAUUCAGCAGAUUCAAAAUUCAACUUCAACAUUUGGUGCUAUGAGACCAUUGCCUAGCCUUCUACCCGUGACUUUUAGACAAGUUCCAAAUGAUAUUAACUCCAGCGAUUCACUUGAUCAAGUAUGUCUUAGGAAUCUUGGAUUUGUCGGAAAAGGUACCUGCAUACCAAGUUUUGAAAAUAAAAUUGAAUCAUCUGCAAGUGAUUUUAGUCAAAUGAAAGUAUUCAUGGCUAGCAAUGGUAACACAGUGAAGGAGGAGCCAAAUUUGAUCAGAUAUCCAAAUGUGAGCCACCUAGUCCUACAGAAUUAUCCGUCUCAUGAUCAUUCAAGUGCAUUCACUUAAUUGGUUGAAAUGGAGAGGAGAAGACCUUACCUCUAAAGGUGGCAAUUCUGAACUAUAAUAGACAAGGUGAAGUCUCUUAUGGUAUCCUCCCAUUUUUAUUCUAUUUUCAUGCUAUUCUGAAAAUCUUCAACUUUUUUUUUAUGUAAAUUCUUAGCAAGCAUGUUGUCAUAUAAAGUUAAGUUUUAUAAGGAAUAAAAUUAAAAAAA